GAAAAAGAAAAAGAAAAAAAUUCCAAACCCUAGAAAAAGAAAACAAAAUGUAUUAAUCCGUGUGUUCAUUUGGUUGUUCACCAUGAAAUGGGAAAUGGAGGUCGAAGAAGAGAAAGAGAUCGAAGCCGUGCUGGAGAAAAUCUGGGAUUUGCACGAUAAGCUCAGCGACGCCAUCCACUCCAUCACUCGAGCUCACUUCUUGAGCUCAAUCAACAAGCCUCGCAAGCCCGACGAUUUGUGCUUCCACCACCGCUCUAAGAAGCGAACGGGACCCGACUCCGACCAGAACGCCGGAUGGAAGAACGGUAAGCCGUCCGGCUUCGUUUUCGUGAAGGAGUUUAGAGUUGAUGAGGACGAUGACUUGGCGGCGGUUCAUGAAGCUAAGAGCCUCAAUGCUAUCCGCACCGCCCUCGAAAACCUCGAGGACCAGCUUGAAUUCUUCCAUACUGUGCAAACACAGCAGCGUGUAGAGAGAGAUGUUGCACUUGCUCGCUUGGAGCAAAGCCGUAUUAUACUUGCAAUGAGAUUGGCUGAUCAUAAGGGUCAAAAGUAUAAAUUCAUAGAAGAAGCUCAAGCCUUGGUUGGAGAUGUUCGGGAUGCCAGUCAUUUUGUUUCACCUGAAAGCCUUUUUGGUUCUGCACCACGGUCUCCUGGUGAGAAUUCCAUGGCACCAAAAGGGAAUUCAAAUAUUCUUCUGAAUGUCCUAUUGUCUAGUUUUAAAUUUGUAAAGAAGUCCCUUAGAGUGGAUCAUGUGGGUGGGAUUCUGGGUAAUGCUGCUCUUGUUGCAUUUAGUAUGCUAGCGUUAAUGCAUAUGCAGCAAGCGGGUUGCAAGGAAAGACACUUUUUGGACUAUCCACCAAGACAGGAAGAUGCCCUCCACAACCAAACUCAUACCAAAGUUUCACAACGCCAGGAUUCAUCAUCUAGUGGUGUGAAGCAGUUGGAUGUGUUGUCAGCCAGGGGCUAGAUUGAAAAUUUAACGAUGUAGCCAUUCCUUUUGGCUGCUCUGCCUCGAAAAUUUUGUAAUUGGUAGGGGAGUGCCUGCAUAUGUGAUUAUUGUUAAAAGCUCAGCAUUCCAAGUCUAGCAAGCAAAACUUUUGUGUCCAUUAUUUGAUCAAAAGGUGCAUUUAUCGUGUCGUGUUUGUUGAUAAGGUGACUAUUUGGUCAUAGUUUUCUACAUGUCGCGGACUUAAAUGUAAAUAAAUAUAUAGAAUUUUAUGUGCUUCUCCAGAAUUGUAUUCUAUACUUGGAUCUCUUCUGGUCUA